UAAGGCUGCCAGCCUGUUUUCCUUUGCGACAUUGCUAUUAAAACAAGUGGGCAGCUCUACAUUUGUAAAUCACCCGUCUUGCCAAGAAGAAGAAUCACGAUUUACUUUUAUUUGCAAAACAAGAAGUAUCUCAAAAAAAAAAGUAGAAAAUGACAGAGGAAGCUAAUUUUGCGGAGCAAAUCGCAGACAAUCAUAAUAAGACAAAUGUGCGCUGCCAGUUUUGCAACAGUUUUAUGCUCAAAGCGCGAGAGGGAAAGUAUUGUGAGCAGGAAAUAGAUGUACCACUGAUGGUUCAGAAGCAAGACAGUAAAGCGGAGUCACUGAACACAGAGACACUGCGUCAUUUCUGGCAGAUCGAUGAUAUGAUGACAUUUGAGAAUAUCGGCUUUUCACACACCGUCGACGGGCGCAAGUUUCUGGUCUGCGCAGACUGUGAACGUGGUCCCGUGGGAUACCAUGAGCUGUCCACGAAACAUUGCUUCUUGGCGCUAAAGCGAGUGGUGCACUCGGAUAAAUAGGCGAAUAGGCUGAUGAAUCAUAUGGAUCCCAUUGUAGCCAACCCCUUUACUGCCUCCAUCGCCUAUUGUAAUUGUAAAUUUAAUGGUAUACUGAAAACAUACAAAUGACUAAAGUAUAAAAUAUAAGGAAAUCUAUAAACAUGUUUUCUUGA